AAUGAGUUUCAUUGAUCCUGAUGACCUCCUGCAGUGUCCAUAUGACAAGAACCACCACAUCCGAGCUUGUAGAUUUCCAUACCACCUGGUGAAAUGCAGGAAGAAUUUCCCAGAUAAAGCUCGGAAUUUGGAGUCCUGUCCUUUCAAUGCUAGACACCGGAUCCCAAAAGCGGAAAUGAAGCAUCAUAUCACUAUUUGUGCAGACAAGAAGGUUAUUGAAGAAGAUUUUGUUAGGAGUGCACAGAGAAAACCCUGUGAUAUCCCACCAAGUACUUGGCAGUGUCCCCUGCUAGAAGAAGACUGGGAAAAAGAUGAAGACGAAUCACGUGAAACAUUCAUCUAUGGCUACACCAAUCUAAACAAAAACUGCGUCAAAGCCAGUUCUGUUUCAGCAUACGAAAGCAGCCACAACAUUACAGCUGGGGUGAGAGCCCCCAAAUCUUUCCCAGAGCAGCUGUCCUCCUCAAACGCCUGCGUGGGAUCCAUUCCAUUUGUCCGGCCGUGGAGAAUUGGUAUGGCCUCAAAAGGGAAAGAACUAUCUGCUGUCCCACUGCAGUCUCUUGCUUCCUGUGUUGUGGAGCCAGCUCAAAAGGGAACCUAAUGAAGAAGGCAGUAAUAUUCCAUUCGAGGUUUGGACCCACAAUUGAGUUUGUGCCAUUUGUUUCUAUUUCUGUCGCUUGUUUCAUGAAGCAUUGCUUAAAAUGGUGGAAAGACUGUAAACUGUCAGUCAAUGAACUUACUUUGUUGCCAACUAAGUGAUUCAUUUUUUAAUAGAAAUGUUUAGUUGUCUUGCUGGAACCAGCCUGAUUCAUUUUCAAAUAACUUUUGCCAAAAUGACCUGUUCUC